CAAUUCUAUUAUUACCCAACAUCGCAAUGGUCGUUCAAGUCGGUAUCAAUGGUUUCGGUCGUAUUGGACGUCUAGUCUUCCGUGCUUCGCUUGAAAAGUCUUCUCUUGUUCAGGUCACUCACAUCAACGAUCCUUUCAUCGACCUGGACUACAUGGUUUACCUUUUGAAGUUCGACUCUACUCACGGUCGCUUCAAGGGUCAAGUCGAGGCUAAAGAUGGCAAACUCGUUGUCAAUGGUCAGGCAGUCUCCAUCUCUGCCUGCAAGGAUCCCAAAGAGAUCCCAUGGGGUGUUGCCAAGGCCGACUACGUUGUCGAGUCCACUGGUGUCUUUACCACUACUGAGAAGGCUUCUGCUCACUUUGCUGGUGGUGCUAAAAAGGUCAUCAUCUCUGCUCCUUCCAAUGAUGCUCCUAUGUUUGUCAUGGGUGUCAACCAGGAAAAGUAUGAUCCAUCCAUCAAGGUCUUGUCCAAUGCUUCGUGCACCACCAACUGUCUUGCUCCUCUCGCCAAGGUCAUCGAUGCCGAGUACGGUAUUGUCGAGGGUCUCAUGACCACUGUUCACUCUGUUACUGCUACCCAGAAAACUGUCGAUGGUCCUUCUGGUAAGGACUGGCGUGCUGGUCGUGGUGCCAGUCAGAACAUCAUUCCUGCCUCCACUGGUGCUGCCAAGGCUGUUGGCAAGGUUCUUCCUAGUCUCAAUGGCAAGAUCACUGGUAUGGCUUUCCGUGUCUCCACUCCCGAUGUCUCUGUCGUUGAUUUGACUGUCAAGCUUGCCAAGCCUGCCAAGUACGAAGAGAUUGUCGCUACCAUCAAGAAACACGCUGAUGGUGAUCUCAAGGGCAUUCUUGGCUACACCACCGAGGAGGCUGUCUCGUCCGACUUCAUCUCUGACACUCGCAGCUCCAUCUUUGACGUCAAGGCUGGCAUUGCUCUUAACGAUACCUUUGUCAAGCUUGUUGCAUGGUACGAUAACGAGUACGGUUACUCUCACCGUGUCAUUGACCUUGUACUUUACAUUGCCGGUCGCGAUGCUGCUGCUCACUAAAUUUUUUAUUGAAUGCUUCAAAUGAAUAAAAAAUUGUCCUAGCAUUAUUAUUACUCCUUCA